UGAACUCCGGUUUCUGUGCCUGUCAAAUUAUUUGGCUAGCUAACGUUAGCUAGUUAGCCGGGAUGACACCCACAGGAAUGUCCAGCAGCUGAAAGGAGUUAGCUAGAAAAUUAUAUGUGGACACGCGUUAACACCUCCGCUAAAGAAACAAGUAGAGAACCAAGCAAAUACGAGCAGCGGAUGGCCUCGGCAGUACGUGUGGUGGGACCUACAUAAAGAGAGGAACACCAUUCCGAACCUCUGAAUGAGUAAUGAAUUUAAACCCCUUCUGGAGCAUGUCUGCCAAUACGAGUCGCAAGCAGAGACCCGACAACGAGGAACAAAGCGGUCACGGGGAGCAGAGAGCCAGCCCAGCCCGGCUGUCCUUGGGCAAAAAGCAGCUUCCACCCAUUCCAAAGAAUGCCACCCCAAUUACCAAGCCUGCUUCAUCGGGCACUCCAGCACAGUCAGCCAAUGGAACACAUGCCUCCUAUGGCCCUUUUUAUCUGGAGUACUCUCUCCUGGCUGAGUUCACACUUGUGAUCAAGCAGAAACUCCCUGGAAUUUAUGUUCAACCAUCCUACAAGUCAGCUCUAAUGUGGUUUGGGGUCAUAUUCAUCAGACAUGGCUUGUACCAGGAUGGAGUCUUCAAAUUCACUGUGUAUAUUCCAGAUAACUAUCCAGAUGGAGAGUGUCCCAAAUUAGUAUUUGACAUCCCAGUCUUCCACCCUCUUGUGGACCCCGUGUCUGGAGAGCUUGAUGUCAGAAGAGCUUUCACCAAAUGGAGACGAAAUCACAACCACAUCUGGCAAGUCCUGAUGUACGCACGUACAAUUUUCUACAAGAUCAAUACCACGGAACCACUCAACCCAGAGGCUGCUGUGCUAUAUGAAAAGGAUGUGCAGUUGUUCAAAAGCAAAGUGGUGGAUAGUGUGAAACUAUGCAACAGUCAUCUUUUUGACCACCCCAAGAUAGAUGAUCCCUACGCAAUAAGUUUUUCUCCAUGGAACCCAGCAGUUCAUGAGGAAGCAAAGGAGCGCAUGUUCACAUGCAAAAGACGGCCUGAGGAUCACCACAAGGGAAUGCAGGUGUCAGGGCUGUCUUGGGUGAAGCCUGGAUCGACGCAGCCAUUCAGCAAAGACGACAGUCCACCCCAGAGCUGAACCUGCACUGUAUCUUCAGUGGCCACUAGAGGGAAGCCAAAGCAUCAGAUGCCUUGCCACUGGCUUUCCUCAGCUGUCUUACUGGAUGAACUGGAUCCUCGGGACCGUUGGGAGAACUUUAUAUAAAAUCUCCAUGUUAUUGCUCAGCUUUAAGCUUUGUAGGCAUCUCCUCAAACAGCUUUAGAAUAAGGAAACAAAGUUUGUAUCAUAUGUAAAUCGACAAAGACAAAUGGAUGUCUCGGCAACAUCAUUUAGGCUGUGAUGCAAUCAAAGAGCUUUUCCCAUUUUGGAUUCAUGCACACGUUGGGCUUGGUGAUAUCAUGCUGUCCCAAAUGGAGCUGAAAAGUAUGAGCAAAGCAAUUUGCCUUCAUACAGUGAGUAAUAGUGGACUAUGAUCUUGUACCGCUUGUUGAAACUGGCUCAGGACUGUUUUAUUAUGUCAGACUUGGAAUGUUUGUAGACACAGGUGGUGAGAGAAACUUCCUGAUUACCACCUCUCCCAAUACCCAAUUAGGUUGAUAUGUUUUAUAUUUGUUUCUUAUUGGAUGGUGAUUUCUUUUAAAUUCUGUCUGUCUUCUAUUGUCUUACAUAGUUAUUAAUAUAUAUAUAUAAGAAGCAGAACAGGCAAAUAUGGUUUUAAAAUGAGAUACUAAAUGACUAAGUUUGUAUUUUAUUUUGUCUGAUUCAAAUCAUUUUGAAUGUUUUAUGUACCUUUGGCUCUUGGUUAUUAAAGGUUUGAUGUGCAAAUAA